AUGCCUGGUCAAGAAUACUAUCCAAAUAAGAAUCAUCCAAAAUUCAGAAAAGAAUUCGCAAUCCCAAUAGCUGUUGUUCUGAUUACAUUGUCAAUCGUAGUUGUCGUAGUUUUACUCGUCUAUCAUUAUCGAAGAAAACGACGAAAUAAACAAACCCCAGAGCCAUCAGUUAAUGCUGUAAGCCAUUCAAAGUACAAAACUGAUGAUAUGGUAAAGCCAAAACAGAAUGUUGGAAUUGUACCGGAUUCAAGUAAAACUUAUCCCAGCUAUGAAAUUGCUUCACUUAGUACAGCUGCACCACCAGUGGAAGAUCCACAACUCCGCGUAAUCCAACUAUGCCACCGUUACCACCACAACAGAAUCAAUAAUAUUAAAUUGAAGAGGCAUAUUCUGGAUUGGCAUUGCUCACUACUCAAAAAAUUCCUUCUGUAG